GCCGGAUGUGCUGCUCUCUCUGUCUUAAUAACUAACACUACCCUGGAGAGCUUCACGACCCUCUUCGCGUUCACUCAGUGUACUGUUUCCCGAAAGGAUGGAUGCGGCCGGCCUUAGCAACAAUGACUCAUCGGUCUUGUCAGCACUGUUUGACCCCGAGUCGUCCCUUUCAAGCACUGUCCAAGUCGACAACAGUCUACCCCAGGGUUCGGAUUCUGCGAAGAUACAAGGACUCCAAGAACGCGAACGGGAUGCUUUACGAUUGCUCAAUCAUGAGACGCCAGCUGCAUGCGACAUUAAAUCUGCAAUAUCAGACUUGACAUCCAUAAUCGAAGACGACCAAUCUUACGCAUCUGCAUGGAACAACCGAGCCCAAGCACGCCGAAUGCUAAUCAAGGAUGAAAAUCUUCCAACGAUGCCAGAUGCCGUGGCCCAGAUUUUCCAGGACAUUACGCAAGCCAUCUCGCUAGCAACACCCAAACAAUUACACGGGUCUAUUUCCCACCUGGAUGCUAGAGUUCUCGCAUCGGCUCAUACGCACCGAGGAUACCUCCUCCUCUUUGCAAGUAAAUCGGAGGACAAUCGCAAUAUGCUGAGUGCGCUUCCGGGCCUCAAGCCCCUGUCGCUUGCGGAUCUGGAACAAGCAGCAAGCCGAGAGCUGGGGAUUGGUGGUCGAUAUGGCAAUGAGACGGCAAGGCAACUGGCAGUUAAGACGAAUCCUUAUGCGAAACUGUGCGGCUCAAUCGUGAGGGAAGCAUUGACAAAAGAGAUCUCGGACUACUACCAUCCGCAAAUCACAAUAGCCCGAUGAUUUCUCCCUUCAUUGAAUAGUAGAGUUGUCACACUCAAGCUCGGAUUUGGGGGAUUUCUUCAUUGUUUUCGUGUGCCGUCAUGUGGUUGAGGUAUGUGACAGCGAAAGGUGCGGCUAUCUCGGGGAUUUGGUCAACCUGCAUCAGCCUGGUGAGCCAAGUCCGCCCCUGCUGACCCGGAAGAACAGUGCAUUCCGUCAUGCGUGAGGAAAAAGGGAUCCGGGUCCGGGCCCAUCUGAAGUGCUUUGUUAGAUGUCAUCACGGGGGCGGCUCAACUUAUCCAUACUAUUGCCUAUUCCUGAUUCCUGGCCAGUGCUGCCACACAGGCUUCUGCUACUCGUCGAUUAGCUAUCCUUAUUGCUGCUUAUUGGUUUCAUGCUAAUUGUACAUUACUACUCAAUGCAACCUCUUUGGCACAGGCAUCGCUACGGGCAUUAUGUAUCAUAAACAUCAUUACGUUUCAAACCACCAAUUUCCGUUCUGAACUCGGAUCCAUGUGCCCAGAAC